GAGCAAAUAAAAGGAAGAGCAGCAAGUAGCAUGUCAGCCAAAUCAGUCCAGUCACAUGUUUCUGAAAGAUCUAUAAAGUCACAAGCCUCUGGUGUUACUACUGAUGAUGUGGCUGAACAUGAGAAAACUACAGAGAGGGCCCCUAGCGCCUUGUCAGCUAAAUCAGCAAAGUCACCUGCGUCAGCAAAAUCUACUAAAUCAAAUGUUUCUGAAGUUUGUUCAGGUAAAACUGAUGGCAUUUGUGAUGAAGGAAAUGGUGAAGAUGAGAUUCAGGAGAGAGCACAAAGUGCAUUGUCAGCCAAAUCCUCACAGUCAGCCAUGUCUGUAAGAUCAAGUGAGUCAAAAGUCUCAGAUGUGCCAGCUGAAGAAUACGUUGCAGAACAUGAUACAUCUAUUGAGAGAGCAGCUAGUGCUAUAUCAGACAGAUCUGCAAAGUCAAAUAUCUCAACACUGUCUCAGAGGUCAAAAGGUUUCGUUCCAGAUGAAGAAAGUAGCUGAGGAGGAAAACACAGAGAGAGCACCAAGCUGCAUGUCAUCAGUCAAAUCAAAUGUUACUGAGAAAUCUGUGACUUUCAAAGAAAAGAAAGAAAUUGUAGAGCGAGUACCAAGUGCAAUGUCAGCAAAGUCAAAUGCCGCAGAGAUAUCUGGAAAAGCUUCUCAGGCUUCUGCUGACAAUCAUGAUGAAGAAAAUGUCAAAGAAACUGAGGAGAGAUCACCAAGCAACAUGUCAGCUGAAUCAAAUGUUUCACCAAGAAGUGCAACAGCAUGUUACAAUCCUUCAGAAGAAAACACUGCAAAUGAUGAGGGAACUGUACAAAGACCACCAAGCACCUUGUCAGCUAAAUCAGCCAGAUCUGCCAAAUCAAUACAGUCAAAUACCUCUAGUAAGUCAAAGUCAGGCAAGUCAAAAGCCUCUAAUGUGGAUGAAGAAAAUCACGAGGAUAAUAUGGAGCGAGCACCAAGCAGUACCUCCAUCAAAUCAGCUAAGUCAGGACAAUCAAAUUCUACAGCAUUAUCAAAGAAAUCCAAAACUUCUCAGGUUUCUGCCAAAGAUAAUACUAUCACUGACACUGAAGAAGACACUGAGAAGAGAGCAAUGAGCCCAGUGUCUGCAAAAUCAGUGAAGUCAAAUGUGACAUCAGUAUCUACAAAAUCAAAAGCUUCUCAUAAAUCCGAAAAUGUAAAUAAUGAAGAAGAUAUUGGAAAUGAAGCUGAGGAAAGAACACAAAGUUCUAUGUCACUUAAAUCAUCAAAGUCAGAUCUUUCUCUGAGGUCAAGGAAGUCAAAAAUUUAUGAACAGCCAGCUGAAACAGAGGAGGUACAUCAAAGAGAAAGGACAUCAAGUUUUUUGUCACUGAAGUCAAACAUUUCUGCAAGAACCAUGAGGUCCAAUGUUUCUGGAAUUACCUCUAGUGAAAGGACUGGACAUGAUCAAGAAGCUGAUGAAAGAACACACAGUGCCAUGUCAAUCAAAUCAGUGAAAUCAAAUCAUUCAACAAAAUCAAACAAACUACUAGCGCCUGAAAUUCCUUCUAUAGAAAGCUCAGAUGUUCCUAAUGAAGGAAAUGCUGAGGAGAAAUCAGAGAGAGCACUAAGUGCCAUGUCAGCAAAGUCAACUAUGUCAGUCAGAUCAAAAAAAUCUAAAGUCUCUCAUGUUACUGCUGAUGAAAAUACGAAGGAAAAGGAGGAGAGAACACUUAGCCCUGUGUCUACAAAAUCAGAUCGCUCUGAAAUGUUAAACAGGUCUGAAGUCCCUGCUGUGACAGUUGAGGAAACUGAAGACAGAGCACCUACAGCCAUGUCAUCACAGUCUAAGGUCUCAGCACGUUCAAAAAAGUCAACAGCAUCUGAAGCUAAACAAAAAAAAAGUGGAAAGCGGUCACAAAGUUCUUUAUCUGUCAAGUCAAAUCUGUCCUUAAAAUCUCAAAAAUCCAAAAUAACUGAUAAUUUAACAGAUGUUCCUGCUGAGGAGAGGACCACUUUUUCUCCAAUAAAUGCAGGGGAAGUUGUGAAUCCUGAAGAUAAGACUGGUUUGCAUGAGGAAGUGAAACAAGCAACUGCAGGGGUUAUUGACAAAUCAAAAUCUGUAGAGUCAAGUGAAAGUGAUUUGUCACAGACUCUGUCCAGUUCAGAUAUUGUCCAAGAAACGUGUGAGACACAAGCCCCUGGAGAAUCACACUCUGUGUCUAAGAGGAUCACCAAAGGUCCAUUGGAAGCUACAGACAUUUGUGGGGGUGUCGCUGAUAACAAAAGCAACAAAAGCAGCCAAUGCAAACAGAAGAACCCAGACACUGAUGACUUUGAGCUGGUCCCAUCUAGCCUACCAAAUGCAUCCCCUAGUGAGGUUGUAAAUGAAUGGUUGAAAACAAUACCAGCAGAGGGAGAUAUGUAUGACAUGGAGGAACUCAGUGAUGGACAGAAAAAUGGCCACACAACAGAGGACAUUAAUAGAAUGGAGAAUAGUGAAAAUAACAAAGACUCUACCUCUGAAAAUACAAAAGAAACAAAUGAAGGAGUUGUAAUGAACAGUGUCCCUAAUAAUGAGUGCCCAACAAGCACAGAGGCACCAAAUGCAGAUAAUAUCUGCACUCAAAGAGACAAUGGCUCAAAAAUAUUUCACUCUUCCGUACAGGUGAUGAAAGUACUUUUAAAUCCAACACUUGACAGAUGCAACAGUUUACCAGAAAUUUCUCCAGUGUAUGGACGUAAACUGAGCACUUCAGCUAGAGGUCUUUUGGAUUGCCUUGUGAAGUUGCAGUUGAUAGACCAUAAUCCUAAAAAUGCUAACGAAAAGGAUCAAAGAUACCAAGAGCUGAUGAAUAUUCUUAAAUCCCUUUGGCUUUGCAAUCUUCCAGAAAAUGAGCAUGUGUUAAGGAAGGAUGAUCAUCAUUCUGUGGAUGAUGAGUUCAAUCACACAUCAUCCUCUGGUGUGGAUGUCAACAGUGGCUCCACGGGCUCUGGGAAGAGUAGUGAUGGUGUAAAUGUGUCUCAACCACAUACCAGUGCAGAGCCAUUAGGGAAAGUACAAGAAGUCUGUGAAGGUGAAGCUGAAGCAGAUUCUCAAUGGACAUCUGAGAGAGAUGUAGAGAGAAUGUGUGAGGAAAAACAAAAGGAGGAUGAUAUAGCAACAGAUGAAACAAUUAGAAACAAUGACAGUCCCAGAGAACUACCUGAAACACCACCCUCCUCAAACAAAAGUUCAGGAAAUGACAGCAAUGGCCAAAAAGUUCCAGAGGAAGCUGAAACAGAAUGUCAAGAGGACACCAGCUCUGACAGCCCUCCCCUCAUUCAAAGAGCACAAUUAGCCAAAAAGAUUUCUCAAGAUCCUGAUCCUGUUUGGGUCUUAACCUUAUUAACUAGAAUAGAAAAGCAAUUCAUGACACAUUAUAUCAAUGCAAUGAGAGAGUUCAAAGUCAGAUGGAACUUGGAUGGUAAUGAACAGCUUGACACAAUGAUAAGUGAACUUAAAACAGAGGUCCACAAAAGAAUCCAAAGCAGUAUAGACAGAGAACUGAGGAAAAUUCAAGGUCGAGCAGGCCUACCAAGACCUCCUAAAGAAGCGGUAUCCCGUGCUUCAACAACACAAACAGAAGAGAGAAGACGGAGGCUGAAGAUUAUGCUCAAACAAUCAUAUGAUGGACAAGCAGAAAAAAGUGAUGAUUCAGCAACAGGCACAUCUUACAGUGACCAGCGCAGUGAAAAUGAUGAUGAAUACUGUCCAUGUGAAACAUGCAUUAAGAAAGGAAUGACAUCUAGGCUACCACUUCAUGCAGAAGUUAUGAAUACUGCACCUGUUGUCAUGGACUUUGACCUAAAGAGGAUUCUGGUGAUGAAGAACAGUGAUCUUGCUAAUACACAGACAAUCAACUGUAUAUCUCACUCUGAAAAUUAUACGAACACAAAAACAGCAGAGACACUUGUAGAAAAUGUUAUUGCCAGCGCAGUACAGGAAAUAGAACGGGAUGAUGUACAACAUGACACUGAAGAGGACUCUGCAGUUGUAGCAGAUGAAAAGGAAGGAGAUGAUGUGUGUCACCAUUUGGGCCAACAAGAUGGGUCUGAAAACAAUGAAGCAGAACAAGUGGACACCAUCAAAAAACUGACUGAACAGACUCUCACUGAAGAAACAGUAAAAAUCCUACCUGCAGAUAAUAAUGAGGAAAUAAGCAAAACAGAGGAUGAGAGGGCAGAAAAUGAGAGUGCAGACAUAGGCAUGGGAAAGGAUGAAUCCACUGUAGAGAAUGAAGAAAAGUCAGUAGAAGCUCGAGCAGCUCCUGCUGAGAAUGAAACAUCAGAGGAAGAAGGAGAGAAAGCAGACACAAUUGGAGAAAUAAUAGAGAAAGAGGCUACUGAACCUACCACAAGUAAUAUAGCAGAGGAGACUGCUGCAGUUACAUCAACUGAACACCAAUAUGAUGAAGAAGAGCCUAUGGAAACUACAGAGGGGAAUAAGACUGCCACAGAUGAUGAAUUGUCAAAUCAACCAGAUGAAUUUGAGACUCUUGUCAGCAAAAGAAAUUGUGAUCACAAGUGAAGACGUGUCUAUGGAAGGGCCAGGCGAAAUUUCAGCUGGAGAGUCUAUUGUAGCAGACACAACUGAACACCAACCUAACAAAGAGGAAGCAAAGAAGGGAUGGUUGAAGGUAAAGACGAGACUGCUGCCAACAAUGCAGAUGAUUGUGCAGAGGAAAAUGCAGAAACAGCAACAGAUAAAAGCAGAGAACGAUGACACAACCACAGCUGAUGAAUUGUCAAACGAACCAGCGAAGGAUGCAGAAAUGGAAGAUGCAACUGCUGUAGAAAAAGAGACUACUGUCUCAAAUGAGGAUGAGUCAAAGGAAGAGACAGCUGAAGCCACCACUGCUGAAGAUGAAAAUGCAGCAGAAGAGGCUGAUGUGGCAGACAUAACUGGGGAUGAAUCUAACAAAAAAGAAGUUGCUGGCAAUGAAGAAGAGAUACCUGCUACUAAGGAAGAUGAUUCUGCAGAUAAGAACGACACAGCUGCAGCUGAUGAAUCAGAAAAAGAACAUACUGAGGAUGAGAUUGCUGUCAUAAGUGAAGAUGAACUUAAGGAGGAAGCCAAUACAGCUGAAGAUGCAGCAGCAGAGACCACUAUGGCAGCCACUAGUGAACAUGAAUCUGACAAAGACGAGGCUGCGGAAGAGGGUGCAGUCGAUGAUAAAGACAAUGUCCCUUCCCCCAGUGCAGAUGAAUCUGCAAAUGAGAACU